UGGGGAAAACAAGGGGAAAAAGCCCAGUGGAGACGGGAGGGAGAGAGAGAGGAUGCGGAUGGUGCGGUGCCCGUACUGCCCAGGGUUGCAGGGGCGGUGCGCCGCCACGGCGGCGGGGCGGUGGGUGACGGAGUGCUGCUCGUGCGGGCGCGUGGUGGAGGAGCGCCACCUCCACUCCCAUCCACUCUUCCUCCUCCGCGCCCUCGACAACCCCCUCCCCCUCGUCACCCCCGACCUCCUCUUCUCUUCCCCUUCUCCGGCGACGACCGAAAGAGAAAAAGAAGAAGAACAACAACGACGACAAAACAAUAAAGAAGACCAAGAACCACAUGACGAUGACGAUCCCUUCCACCCCACGGGCUUCAUCACCGCCUUCUCCACCUGGUCCCUCGAGCCCGCCCCCGUCUUCGCCCGCUCCGCCUCCUCCUUCGCCGGCCACCUCGCCGAGCUUGAGCGCGCCCUCGACUGCUCCUCCUCCUCCUCUUCCGGCGACCCCUCCGGCGGCCCGCUCGUCUCCGUCGACCACCUCCGCGCGUACCUCCAGAUCCUGGACGUGGCGUCCCUCCUGAAGUUGGACCACGACAUCGCCGACCACGCCUUCCAGCUCUUCCGCGACUGCUCCUCCGCCACCUGUCUCCGCAACCGCAGCGUCGAGGCCCUAGCCACCGCCGCCCUCGUCCAGGCCAUCCGCGAGGCCCAGGAGCCCAGAACCCUCCAGGAGAUCUCUACUGCAAGCAACCUUCCUCAAAAGGAGAUUGGGAAGUACAUCAAAAUACUUGGUGAAGCUCUGAAACUAAGCCAACCCAUUAACAGCAAUUCCAUAUCAGUUCACAUGCCUAGGUUUUGCACGCUCCUCCAGCUUAAUAAAUCUGCUCGGGAACUUGCUGCUCAUAUUGGAGAAGUUGUUAUCAAUAAAUGUUUUUGUACACGUCGGAACCCAAUCAGCAUUUCUGCUGCUGCUAUCUACUUGGCAUGUCAACUAGAAGACAAACGGAAGACACAGGCUGAGAUAUGCAAAGUGACAGGUCUCACGGAGGUUACUCUUCGUAAAGUCUACAAAGAGUUAUUGGAGAAUUGGGAUGAUCUGCUUCCACCCAAUUACACUCCAGCUGUGCCUCCUGAGAAGGCUUUUCCUAUGACUGCCAUCUCCUCAGGCCGUUCUUCAACUUCCAAAGUUGAUAUCAUCGACUUGUUUCAUUUGAGCACACAUCAGGAUAAAGAUAAGCACACUGAAGUCAUAAAACCAAGUAAAGCUUCUGACAUUCUCGAGAUUGAUCCUCCAGUUAUUGUUAAAGAAGAGCUAGAGAAGAAAAGAGACUCUGAUGGCCAUGUGCUUACAUCAUUCGAUGUCCAGGACUUGAAUCAAGCUGCGUUCUGGCAGCCACAGGCUCCUUUUGGCAUGCCUGUCCCAAAAGUGGACGGAGAAAAAGAUCAGAAGGGUGAACAAGGUAUGAAUAUCAGUGACACCAAGUCUCCUAUAUCUGAAUGCGAGCCAAAAGUCAACAGAGACUUUGAAAUUGGUAAUCCCACUAGAUGGAUGGGUCAAACUUCAGCUAUCUCAUCAUCUAAAAAGUACUCGAAUCCAUGGCAGUUUGGUGCACCAUCAGUUGCAGCUAGAUCUGCAUAUGCUCAGUUUGUGAAGGAACAGAUGGGCCUUCAUGUUCCAUCUGGGCUUAGAGGGAUUGGAAACCAGUGUAGAGCUGAUGAUGCUGAUGGCCGCCACGAUAAGGAUAAAUCCUCAAAGAACUAACAUUUGCCAGCAUAUACUGAGAUCAGAUAUACAAAACAUCUGAGAAUGUUAGCCCUUUUGUCAUGGUGAUUACCAUAGUAUGUUUACACAGUGCUGUGGGUGAAUUUAGCUCAAGCUUACCUCUAAUGAAAAACAAAUCUGAUCUCAGGUUUAAUUCGAUAAUUGUGACAAUGCUUGUGUCUGUAGAUAUGUGCCUUCAAAAGUAAGUCUUGCACCUUGUUCAUGCCUGUGUUUUGUAUUUGCAAGCCAACGAACUAGUCUCAUGCAUGUGUGGUGUGUAUAUUGCUGUGUACAAUGGAAUGCAAACGCCGAUUGACCUUUUGUAGCAGAAAUGCACCAUAUUAUUACUCAUAAUUGCUACAUUGCUUCUCCCUUGUUUUC